AUGUACACCUUUGGAUUGAAGCCCGACACAGGGGCCGGAAAGGCCUGGCCAGCCAUUGCCAUCGGCAUGUUUGUUGCCUUUGGCGGCGUUCUCUUUGGAUAUGACACCGGAACCAUCAGCGGCAUCCUGGCCAUGCGCUACUGGAUGACCUCCUUUUCGACCGGUCACAUCAACAGCAAGGGCGAGCUCGAUGUUACCACGUCCCAAUCUUCUGCCGUCGUCUCUAUCCUCUCGGCCGGCACCUUUUUUGGUGCUCUCGGCACACCCUUCAUCGCUGACUUCAUUGGUCGUCGCUGGUCUCUGAUCGUCUCUAGCUGGGUCUUCAUUCUCGGUGUCAUAUUUCAGACUGCUUCCACUGCCCUGCCCCUCUUCAUUGCUGGCCGCUUCUUUGCCGGCUUCGGGGUCGGCCUCGUGUCUGCUCUUAUCCCUCUCUACCAGGCCGAGACUGCCCCCAAGUGGAUCCGCGGCAUCAUCAUCGGUGCCUACCAGUUCGCCAUCACCAUCGGUCUGCUCUUGGCCGCUAUCCUCGACAAUGCCACUCACAACCGCAACGACACCGGAUCCUAUCGCAUCCCUGUCGCCGUCCAGUUUGCCUGGGCCAUCAUCCUCAUCGGUGGCAUGCUCUUCUUACCAGAGACCCCCCGCUAUCUCAUCCGCCGUGACAACAUCGACGGCGCCGCCCGCUCACUCUCCCGUCUGCGACUCCUGCCUCCUGAUCACCCGGCCAUCACCGCCGAACUGGCGGAGAUCCAGGCUAACCACAAGUUUGAGCUCGAGCUCGGCUCUGCCAGCUACAUCGACUGCUUCCGCGGCGACAUGCUCAAGCGCCAGCUGACCGGCAUGGGCUUGCAGGCUCUGCAGCAGCUCACCGGCAUCAACUUCAUCUUCUACUACGGCACCCAGUACUUCAAGAACUCUGGCAUCUCUGAUUCCUUUCUCAUCUCCAUGAUCACUACCGCCGUCAACGUCGCCUCCACCAUCCCUGGCCUCUGGGCCAUUGACAAAUGGGGUCGUCGUCCGCUGCUGCUCUGGGGUGCUGUCGGCAUGGCCGUCUCCCAAUUCCUCGUCGCCAUGCUCGGCACCUUGACCACUAGCCAGGACAGCCUCGGAAAUAUCAUCGUCCACAACGUCGCCGCCCAGAAGGCUGGCAUCGCCUUUGUCUGCCUCUUCAUCUUCUUCUUUGCUUCCACCUGGGGCCCUCUUGGUUGGGUCGUCACUGGCGAGAUCUUCCCGCUCAAGCAUCGUGCUCGCGCCCUCUCCAUUACCACUGCCACCAACUGGCUCCUCAACUGGGCCAUUGCAUACUCGACACCAUACCUAGUCAACUACGGCUCCGGCUACGCCAACCUGCAGUCCAAGAUCUUCUUCAUCUGGUUCGCCUGCUGCUUCUUGUGCAUCUCCUUUGUCUACUUCUUUAUUUACGAGACAAAGGGUCUCAGCCUGGAGCAGAUCGACCAGCUAUAUGGAGAGGUCAAGGUCGCCCGAAAGUCCACUUCCUGGAAGCCGACCAUCACCUUCACCGAGCAGGCCCUCCAUAGGGAGGAGGAGAAGAUUAUGGGUACGAAGGAACACGCCGGGCCGAGCUUGGAGCAUGCUGAGCCAGCUACUGUCUAG